AAAGUUUUAGCUUUAGAUAUGCCGUAGUCAAGGAGUUAUGCGUAACGAAGGAGAAGAAGGAGAAGAAGAAGAAGAAGAAGAAGAAGAAGAAGAAGAAGAAGAAGAAGAAGAAGAAGAAGAAGAAGAAGAAGGAGAAGAAGAAGGAGAAGAAGAAGGAGAAGGAGAAGGAGAAGGAGAAGGAGAAGGAGAAGGAGAAGGAGAAGAAAGAAGACAAAAUCCAGCAAAAACUCCAAAAUUGACAAGCGAUUUUCUCCUUCUGAAGACAAGCUGAGAUCAAUUCAGAAGUAGUCAAGCGCAGUUGAACUUGUAAGGUUUUCUAUCUGUCGUUUUCAAGAUAUUUAACCGCAUUUUAAGGUGAUUUCUGAUGGUCUAAAAUAUG